GCCACGUACCAUGUGACAUUUAAGGGGUGUGUGUGUGUGGGGGGGGUAUCUAUUAAAAGAGAAGUGUUGGUGUUGGUGUCCACAAUGCCUGUUUGUUGGAACUCGAUAGGGACACUCAACCAGGAUGCCAGAGCCAACUAAAAAAAUAGUCUCAGCUUUCACCAAGAAACCAAAGACUCAGACUGCUGAGAUUGGGGCAACAGUCAUAUUUGAAGCUGAGACUGAGAAGCCUGAUGUGAAAGUGAGAUGGCAGCGAGACUCCAAGGACAUCUCAUCUAGUGACAAAUAUACCAUCUCAGCAGAGGGCAAUAAGCACUCUCUCACAAUAAACAAUGCAGUCCACGAGGAUGCAGUGGGAUAUGCUGUUAUUGCUGGGAUGUCAAAAGUCAAAUUUGAAUUAAAGAUAAAAGAAUUAGAAGUGAAGGAACUGCAAAAAGCCGUAUCCCCAGAUCCUGCAGCUGUGGAUCCUAAGCCUGAAGAACCUAAAGAAGCUCCACCAGCACCUUCUGAAAGCAAAGCACCAGACACCAGUGGACCCGCGUUAGAUGGUGUAGCACCUGAAGCUCUGCCUGAGAGUCAUCAUCCUGACACAAGGCAGGAUCUUACUGGUCUCUUCACAGAGAAGCCUCACAGUGGGGAGGUGAAUGCAGGUGAGAACAUUAGCUUUGUUGCUCGGGUGUGUGGUGAAUCUCUGCUGAAGAAGCCCACAGUAAAAUGGUUCAAAGGAAAGUGGAUGGAUCUGGCCAGCAAGUCAGGAAAGCACCUGCAACUCAAAGAGCACUAUGACCGCAACAAUAAGGUGUACACAUUUGAGAUGCAUGUCAUUGCAGCUAAACUCAACUUUUCUGGAGCCUAUCGUUGUGAGGUGUCAUCUAGAGACAAGUUUGACAGCUGUAAUUUUGACCUAGUAGUACAUGAGGCUCGUACAACAGAUGGGUUUGAUAUUCGCUCUGCAUUUAGACGCACGAGCACCAGUGCAGGUGGUAAGAAGAAGAUGGGAGAACCUGGAAGUAGCACAGAUGGAGGUGAUGACUCGGGUGAACUGGACUUCAGUGCUUUACUAAAAAAGAGAGACAGUUUCUUAAAAACUAGCCAACGAGCUGUUCAUGUGAGCACAGAGCCUGACGUAGACGUAUGGGAAAUCCUCCAGAAGGCUCCACCAUCAGAGUAUGAAAAGAUCGCCUUCCAGUAUGGAAUCACGGACUUGCGGGGGAUGCUUAAGAGACUCAAGAAAAUGAAAAAAGAGGAGAAGAAAAGUGCAGCUUUUCUUAGGAAGCUGGACCCAGCCUACCAAGUUGAAAAGGGACACAAGAUCAAACUGCAAAUUGAAGUGGCCAAUCCAGAUGCAGAAGUUAAAUGGUUAAAAAAUGGACAAGAGAUACACCCAACUGGAAGCAAGUACAUCUUUGAGAGUGUAGGCAACAAACGUUUCCUCACCAUCAACAACUGUACUCUGGCAGAUGAUGCUGCUUAUACGUGUGUAGUUGGAGAUGAGAAGACUUUCACUGAGCUCUUUGUUAAAGAGCCUCCUGUUCUGAUCGUACGUAACCUAGAGGAUCAGAUGGUUAUGAAAGGAGAAAGAGUGGAGUUUGAGUGUGAAGUGUCUGAAGAGGGGGCUCAGGUGAAAUGGGAGAAAGAUGGUGUGGAACUCACCCGAGAUGAGUCCUUCAAGUAUCGCUUCAAGAAAGAUGGAUGUAAGCAUGUCCUUAUCAUUAAUGAUGUGACCAAGGAGGACUGUGGACACUACCGGGUGAAAACCAAUGGAGGGCAAUCAUUAGCAGAGCUCAUGGUUCAGGAGAAAGAGCUAGAGGUCUAUCAAAACAUUGCUGACCUGACUGUGAAGGCCAAAGACCAGGCUGUGUUCAAAUGUGAGGUUUCUGAUGAAAAUGUUAAAGGCAUCUGGUACAAGAAUGGAGUGGAGGUGAAACCUGAUGCCAGAACUAAUAUCACACACAUUGGCAGGAUUCAUAAGCUCACCAUUGAUGACGUGAAGCCAGAGGAUGAGGGUGACUACACCUUCGUACCUGAAGGCUAUGCCUUUAAUCUCUCUGCCAAGCUCAACUUUUUAGAGGUCAAGAUUGACUUUGUUCCUCGCCAAGAUCCUCCCAAGAUUCAUCUGGACUGCAUGGGCCGCACCGCUGACUCCACAAUCUUGGUUGUGGCUGGAAACAAACUGCGACUAGAUGUACCAAUUACUGGAGAUCCUGCCCCCACUGUGGUUUGGACAAAAGGAGAAAAGGUGCUGACAGACUCACAUGGGCGUGUCCAUGUGGAGAGUAGCAAAGGCCAUUGCAUCUUCACCAUUGAGGGGGCGGAGCGUCAGGAUGAGGGCGUGUACUCUGUCAUUGUACGCAAUCCUGCUGGAGAGGAUACAGCUGACAUUAAUGUCAAAGUUGUUGAUGUGCCAGACCCACCUGAAGCUCCCAGAAUCCUUAGCGUUGGUGAAGAUUCUUGUAUUGUCCAAUGGGAUCCCCCACUCUUUGAUGGUGGUCAGCCAGUCAUAGGUUAUGUCCUGGAAAGGAAGAAGAAAAAGAGCUAUAGAUGGAUGAGACUUAAUUUUGAUCCUUAUAAAGAGACUACAUAUGAGGCCAAGAGAAUGAUUGAGGGUGUGGCCUAUGAGAUGCGCAUUUAUGCAGUAAACGCCAUCGGCAUGUCACGCCCCAGUGCCGCCUCCCAGCCAUUUGUGCCAGUUGCUCCUACCAGCGAGCCCACUGGCCUGUGUGUUGAUGACAUCAGUGAUACCACUAUCUCACUGAAAUGGAGGGCUCCAGAGAGGAUAGGCUCAGCUGAGCUUGAAGGCUAUGGGGUUGAGUACUGCAAGGAAGGCUCUGAUGAAUGGAUCCCUGCGUUUUCGGGUCUCACAGAAAGGACCUCUGUGAUCAUCCGUGACCUGCCAACUGGAGAGAAGAUGCAGUUCCGUGUGAGGGCGUAUAACAUGGCAGGCCCAAGCCUUCCAGCCACAUUGCAACAAGCAGUCACCAUCCGUGAAAUCAUGCAGCGGCCCAAAAUCUGGCUCCCUCGUAACCUUCGUCAAACACUCAUCAAGAAAGUAGGAGAAGCGAUUAACCUGGUAAUCCCCUUCCAGGGUAAACCACGACCUCAAGUAACCUGGACGAAAAACGAUGAGCUUCUGGACCCUAAGCAGGUCAGCAUACGCAACAGCGACACUGAUACCAUCCUCUUCAUCAGGAGAUCUGAGAGAAAGGAUUCUGGGAAGUAUGAUGUUAAAGUGCAAAUUGAGAAUGUGGAGGACAAAGCCGAAGUGAAUAUACAGAUUGUUGACCUGCCAGGCCCACCCCAAAAUUUAAAGGUGGUGGAUGUUUGGGGAUUCAACGUUGCCCUGGAGUGGAAGCCACCCAAGGAUAAUGGCAACUGUGACAUCACAGGCUACAGCAUCCAGAAGGCUGACAAGAAAACCAUGGAAUGGUACACUGUGUAUGAUCAGUAUCGUCGCACAAACUGUGUGGUGUCAGACCUGAUCAUGGGGAAUGAGUAUGUGUUUCGUGUGUAUGCCAUAAACAUGGUGGGUCUGAGUCCAGAGCCUUGCCUUUCCAAAGACAGUGCCUACAUCCAGAAAACAGGCAUUGUGUAUAAGCAUCCUUCCUACAAAGAGCAUGAUUUCUCUGAGGCCCCCAAGUUCACACAUCCUCUCGUGAGUCGCUCAGUUAUAUCCGGAUACAAUGCUACACUCAGCUGCUCCGUAAGAGGCAUCCCUAAGCCUAAAAUCACAUGGUACAAAAACAAGAUGGACAUUACAAAUGAGGCCAAGUAUCGUAUGUUCAGCAAUCAGGGUGUGCUGACUCUGGAGAUCCGUAAGCCGUGUCCGUUUGAUGGAGGUGUGUACAUGUGUAAGGCGGUCAACUCCAGCGGAGAAGACAUAGUAGAAUGCAAACUGGAAGUUCGCCCUCAAAUCACAAAAGAAGACAUCAAGAAAUGAGAGAGACGUAGUGGGUUUGGAGAAACUGUGACACUGUCCUUUUCCUGUCUUCUGUCCUGAAACUGAUCCCUAUGACAUGUCCGUGAUCAAAUGACCGCGAAGAAAUAUUUCAUUGUUUUUCUUUUGUUUGUGCUCCCCUUUUCUCACUCGCAUCCCAUGGUUUGUGCUUCGGUGUGAUUUUUCUUUCUUUAUUGCUUGGGUUCAUUUUAUUUCAUUUCAUUGUACUGUAUUUAAGAUCUCUGCUAUAGGGUUUAGCAUUUUCUCUUCACAUUGUGAUGUUAUAUAACAUGCUAAAUAAAGAGUUUUCAUGAAGCUUA